CUUAGAAUCAACCACAUACUUUCUUAGAUUUUCUGUCGCAUCAUGAAAGGAAGAUAUCGCAUUAAAGAAUGUGCCGAAACAUCACAAACUAUCAAACAAAAUACCGAGCACGACAAACUUCGUCUCAAACAAACGAUACGUCUUCUCGAGCGAUCAAAGACAACCACCAUCAGUACUAUCACCAGUAACCAAAAACGACUUUUCCGUGGUUUCCAAGCAAAAAUUUACCAAUCUAAAUUAUUUUAUGCUCGAAUGUGGGAGGAUAAAAAUAUGGAAAGAUGUCUUCGAGCCCAAAGAACAAAUUAUCUCAACACAAACUUAUCUGAUUCCGAAGCUGAGUUGGAAGCGAAUAAAACUGUGGAUUUUAAACCUAGAAUCAGGCAGUUCUGUGAAUCUCUAGAACCCCUUGUUGUUAGUGACGAUCAGGAGCGACAGUUAGAUUAUUAUUCCUAUAAAAUACGUGCUGAUUUUCGCGACACGAAAAACAAGAUACUACCACAAAGAACGAUAACUCCUGAGUUUAUACGCCGUAAAUAUAUCGGUGACGUUCAUGUAAGAAAUUUAACUUUGAAUCGACUUAACUUGGAUUCUAACGAAGAUUAA